GAUGAGGGGGUGUAGAAAUGGAAGUGAAUAUAGAUAUCAAUACUCUUUCUCUAUAUAUGGCACAUAUAAAGUCAAGAGUUAGGCGAUGGACAUUUUAUAGUAUAAAAAUUGGAAAUCAACUAUUAGAUUAGAUAUUCCAAUCGGAAAAGAUGAGAGAAAAGAACCAAAUAAGCUCAAUAGAACUUGUUACUUCCUAUUAGAUACUUACUUAAAUUUUAAUUAAAGCGAUGAUUGGCCAACCUAACAUAACUCAUAUUGGUCGAUAUAUUUGCUUCUAGUCUUAAAACGUUACUGUUAAUAAGAGUAAGAAGACUUUUGAAUAAAUAAAAAAUACUCUUAAUCCUAGCUUUAUUAGAACUUUUUCUCACAGGAUACCUAAAGAUAUAAUUUCGAGCGCCCUCUAUUUAUUACAAUGACUGGUGAGAAGUUUAUACCAAAAAUGUGCAGCGAAAAACAGACACGACAUAGUAGACGUCGUAGAUGCCAUGAAACACCGAAAGACGUCGACUGCAAACCGUACGAAGACAAAUUCAUCGGCGGCACCCGUGAUAAUACCAAACUGAAACUGAUGAGAAGUCUAAAACUUAUACCUAAGGCUGAAGCCGAAGAGAUGAAGAAAAGAAGGUCGAAACGUAGCACAGCUAAUCCCCAUUUUAGCUUUAUCAGGGAGAGGUCAUCUACUUUCUACUACACACUGAAUUCAAGGUUGAAGAGCUUAGAGGAAGAGAAGAGUAGACUAAAUGAAACUAUCAGAAGGGAUUAUUUAUGUUUGGAAAUGAAAAAACAAAAGCGAGAAGAACUUAGAGAGGUUCUAAGAGACUUAGUCGAAUCGAAUGAAACAAAAAGAAUUCAAAUGGAAAAACUUAUAAAGGUCAAGGACUUAAAGAAUUUUUUAUCUACCGAACUCUUUCCUAAUCCAUAAUGGUGUUUUUUUUUUUAAAAAAAUACCAAGUGCAAAAUUAACUACAUUAGCGCAUUUUCUAUUUGUUUGUGCUGGAUUAUUAUUGAACUUAAAAUAAAAAAUCUAUUCGAAUUUAUCUUUUCUUUUACAAUUU